ACCUGCGGCAGGUUUGCAGCCUGAGCCGGGAGAGGGAAGGCUCGCUGAGCGAGAGGCGGACUCUCGGAGACAGUGCGCAGGGUGAAACAACAACUUCUACCUUAUCUUCAACCGCCACUUGGGCAAAGUGCGUGGAUUUGCAGCAGACAUGGACUGACGAUCGUGCGGAUUUGAGGAGAGGCGGUUCGAUCGUUUGAAUUGCUAAAAUCAAUUCUGCUGGAGGUCGUGUCAAAACUUGAGAGAGGCAAACAGCUGAUCAAGAGUGUGUGGAGAGGUAGCCGGGAAAUGGCUGACGGUGGGAAGACCAGUUGGUGGAAAUCCAUGACCCUGAAGAAGAAGCCGAAGGAGCUGACGGAGAAGGGAGCAGGGCUGGAGAACGUGCAGUCGUCCGCAGACAAAACACCGGCCCAGGAAAACAAACAUCCCAAUCUCAUCGAAGAUAAGGAAUACGUGGACCCCAAAUUAGAGAGGGGCUUCAACGAGAAAAGCACACGCAGGAACCUGAAAAUCUCCCGUUCUGGACGUUUCAAGGAAAAACGCAGAGUCAGGGCUACUUUACCGGAGAGCCCCAAGUUUUUUGAAGGCAACGCGAAUGGAAGUACAAAUGAUGAGAACUAACACAAAAUACAGUUUGUAAAGACGCCGUCCAUUCAGGUGUCAAUGAACUCCAAAAGGACAUCUCACAACCUUUUAAUUUAAUAAGAUAAAAGCUGAAAUUAAAGUGUCAAUUUAUAUUACUUUGAAUAUUUCAUGAAUUGUUAAAUAUUUAUUUGUUGUAAUGCAGAUACCUGCUGGUGUAAGUUGAUUUUUACAGUCCUGAACUCUUUCCUUAUCAAGUACAGAGACAGUAAAAUUCACUGCGGGCGAGAAUUAUGAAGAAACGCUUGUUCUGAUUCAGAACUUUUUGAGCGGAAAAUGAUUCAAGUUAUUAGUUUAUAAUGACAACUCUACCUUUAGUAAAUAUUUUUGUUUGUGGCUGUUUUGAAGUUGAAGACUAAAAACAGCGUCAACUUCCUAUCAAAGCAAUUGUUUAUAUUUGAGAUUCAAAAGGG